UCCCACGCGACCAAUAACACAAAAACGUGUGUUUUGGUACGGUGCGUGUUUUUAUAUAAAAUAAACCAAUUUAAACGCGAAUCAGCUGUAAAAUACAGUUGAUUUAGGCUAAUUAAUAGCCGCUCUAUACAACUGUCAUAAUGAGACGUCCCAAGAAGUACGAGGCAGGCGAAGCCACACAGUAUAUAAGUCGACGUGCUGCGCUGCGCAAGUUGCAGCUCUCCUUGAAUGAUUUUCGCCGCUUGUGCAUAUUAAAGGGUGUUUACCCGCGUGAGCCGAAGCACAGAAGACGCGCUCAGAAAGGCUCCUCGGAUAUUAAGAUCUUGUACCAUGCGAAGGACAUACGGUUUUUGCUCCACGAGCCCAUUGUGUGGACGCUGCGUGACUAUAAGAUCUUUGCCAAGAAAUCGGGUCGCGAUCGCGCCAUUAAGGACUUUCGCAAUCUGAAGCGCCGCCUGGCCAUGUUUCCAGAAAUCAAGCUCGAUCACAUAGUAAAGGAACGUUAUCCCACAUUCAUUGAUGCGCUCAAGGAUUUGGACGAUUGCCUCACGCUACUCUUUCUGUUCAGCACAUUUCCAUCGCUGCAUUUGAUACCGCGCGAGCAGUCGAAUCUUUGCCGCCGCCUGACCAUCGAGUUUCUGCACUAUGUGAUUGCCUCCAAGUCGCUGCGCAAGGUUUUCAUUUCCAUCAAAGGCUACUAUUUCCAGGCAGAGAUCAAGGGUCAGAAGGUCACCUGGAUAGUGCCACAUUAUUAUCCCUUUAAGCCACAGUCACGUCAGGAGGUGGACUUCAAAGUCAUGUCCAUUUUCGUCGAGUUCUACACCAUCAUGUUGGGCUUCACGAAUUUCCGUUUGUAUCAUGGCCUCAACCUGGCCUAUCCACCACAGUUUCCCAGCAACAUGCUGCAGGACAAUGCGGACACGUUGAAAGACGAGUCCAGCUUCGUGUCGGAUCGCAUUACAGCGCUUAACUUUGAGCUGCUACGCACAGAUAAAGUGCAGGAGGAUGAGGAGGAGCCUGAUAUCGAUAUGGAGCUGCUAGAACAGGAUGGUGACUCCAAACGCAUCAUCAAAAUGAAACAGGAAGCACAGGAAGUGUCGCGGCUACGUAACCUGUUUAAAGGCUUGAAAUUCUUUAUCAAUCGCGAGGUGCCACGCGAGCCGUUGGUCGUCAUCAUACGCUCCUUUGGCGGCAAAGUAUCCUGGGAUUCGUCUGUAUUUUCGGGUGCCACGUACGAUGAGAACGAUGAAACCAUAACACAUCAGAUUGUGGACAGACCCAGCCUAAGCACACAGUACAUCUCCAGGGACUACAUACAGCCCCAGUGGAUCUUCGAUUGUGUCAAUCAGCGCCAGCUGCUGCCCACCAACAAGUACUUCCUAGGCGAGUCGUUGCCGCCUCAUCUGUCGCCAUUUGUCGAUGCCAAACGCGACACUUAUAUACCGCCAGAGGAGAAGGCUCUGCAUGAUCCCUCCCUGAUCGAAACACAUGCUCAAAGCGACGAUGAAUCCGAGGAUGAUGCUGCAGCAGAAGAUGAGGAUACCGUGGAACAGGAGCUGCUCGAUGCGCAGCUGCAGCGCGCCUAUCAACAGGAGACGGCCGAGUACAAAAAGUAUGGGGGUGCCGACGGUGUCAAUGAGGAUGAGGAAGAUUCCGACGAAGAGGACUUCGAUGGGGACGAGCAGGAAAGCGACGACGACGAUGAGGAGGAGGAGCUCGAUGAAAAGGAGAAGCGACUUUUAGAAGAGAAACAAAAAAUGUCUGUCCAAUCGGGCAAAGUGCACAAAGUCAACAAGAGACAGGUGCACAAAGCAGAGGUGGAUGAACAUCGUCUGCAGGCACGCAUGGUCAAACCGCGACAUCGCAAUCUCUUCCGCAAGCUGAUACGCGAGAAACAGGCCAAGGAGAAGGAAGAGUGGUUGCUGCGCAAGAAGCGCCGCACAAUCGAAACCGAUGCUAAGGAGGCCAAAAAAUUGGCCAAGCGGGAGGCGCGUAAGGCGGCUGCUGCCGCAGCUGCAGCUGCCGCCCAGUUGGGCGCAAAGUAAACGGCUAGCUCGCGCUAUUCCAGAACCUGUGUCUUGAUCUUAGUCUUAGCUUGUACCCAAAACCCAAUAAAAAUACAAAAAUGUAA